AUGACUUUGUCGAUAUAGAAAGCAGAGCGCUGCUCAAGCCAAUCCAUUUCGCGCUUGCAAUGGAGGGCAAACUCUCCAAGAGGGCAAGGCCUGAGAAAGAGGAGGAGAUGAACGUGAAGCAGCGAAAGUUGGACAGCUGGUGCCGCCCGAGGUCGGAAACACCGGCGGCAGUGGCCACUCCUUCGCGUGCUGGCUCUUGGAUGUUGGAGGAGCUUCCAGACGCUGCGUCUUUGCGCCUCAAGGGCACCAUGCGCAUGGACGUGCGCAGCAAGCGCAAAGAGGAGGUGGUGGUGAUUCCAGACUCCGAUGAGGAAAGGGAAACCGUGCCCAAGCGGAGCACGAAGGGCAUUCUGCGCGUGUCGGCGGGCCGUGCGGCGGCCGUGGCGGGGAUUCAUUGCUAUGCCGAUGUGGGGGAGGUCUUUUUGGAGCUCCUCUACCAGGAUCAGCCGGAGCUGCUCCUGGCAGAUGCGCAGCUGGCGGGCGUUGAAGUGGUUUCCCCUCAGUUGGAGCGCGCGCGGCUGGUGGAGAAGAGCGGGGAGGCCACAGGCUUGGAGGCAGCACUCAAGGCCGCCCAAGAGGCUCAGAAUGUGGAGGCUGCCGAGGGGGCUCGCAGCCAACUGCGAGACCUCGUGGCGAAGGCCAAGGCAGAUGGACGAAUCACAGCUGAAGAGGCGGCAGAGUUGCAACAAACUUUGGAGUUGGAAGUGAACCUCGACUUUGGCGCGCGGCACGAGGACUCAGCGAUCGAACGUUACGAGAAGAAGGUGGGCUCCAAAGUCUAUGGCCAACAACAACGCGUAUUUUUGCCCAUGCCAGUGGACGGCCCGCAGUUCGCCGUGUGCCAAGCCUUCCCCCCGCCCUUCAUCUCGGCUGUGCGGCCACGCGAGGAGAAACCCAAGGAGGAUCAAGGUGCCAGGCCCCUAUUCUUCCUGACGGGCUAUGUCGAUGGGCUGGUGGAUGUGCAACGCGACAGUCCUGCACCAGGGGCUGCGGCGACGCCCCUGUCAACCUCUCACGCCGAUGAGACACUGGUGGUGGAGGUGAAGCAUCGCAUGGGCCGGAUCAAGGACCCUCCAAAUAUCUAUGAUGUGGUGCAGCUUUGCAGCUACUGUCGGGCUUUGGGCUGCUUAAGAGGCGACCUCGUCCAGUGCCUGCGGGGCAAAAGAGAUGGAGAGCAGCUGCACGUGACACGCAUCGACUUCUCGGAUGCUUGGAUUGGCACCGGGCGCCGGUCCCAGCGACAUGGCCAUCCAUAAAUCAAAGCAACCAGGCUCCUGAGUCCUUGUAAAUGUGAGUUGGAGGAUCCACUUGUGUUAUUGUUUUGUUUUGUUUGUUAUGAGGCUGUUGAAAGGGAUGGGAUCCUCGACCUUAGUGCUUGUACUCGUAGAUACUAGCAAUGUCCAUCACCCGGUCAAACACUGUGCGCUUUCAUUUGCUUUCAGGCUAUACGAUGCUUUACGUGGUAUAUGGGCCUAUGGGGCCUUAUUAGCUCCCCAGCGAAAAUCGUCAUCAAAAAGUGCGGGUGUAUAGAAAACAAGAGCCAGACAUCUACGUCCAAGUGAUCUCUCGAGUUUUGAGUUUGUGGUGCCUCCGCUUUUCCCAGUGGUCUAUUCACGUACGGUGUGGAUAUAUAGAAAUAUAUAGAUAUGAUAUGUCUUUAUUUUAUAUAGGGUGCCCAUGACAUCCAUGUCACCAAUAAUUGUUUGGAUCCUUGCUGAAAUACGGAGACUCUUCCAACUUCCAACUUGCGUGGGCGACUCUUGAAGCCUGGGAGACCCAUCCUCCAAUGCCUUUCCAAGCCAUUGAUCGCGUCUCCAUUUCUCCAUUUCCCGCUUGCAAGGCGAGGAAAUGUCUUGGACAGAUAUGGAAACAGCUCAGUUGUUGACAAACUUCCGCAGUAUGUGUGCCUGUUUGGUUAUUGAUGGUGUUGCAGUAGAGCGUUAGAGAUGACAUCCAAUAGUGGUGAAGCAUGUGAAGCGUAGGAAGAUUUGAAUGUUUACCAGCCCCCCUAAUCCCUACAUGACAAUCCCCCAUUUUUAGAUUCUUUUGGCAAUCAGACUCCGCGGCUGCAGGAGGGAAGCCCUGACCGAGUGGGCUUCGACCGGCACGUGUUGCCCAACCUCUACGCCACGUGCCAUGCGGUCUACGCCGCCCGCGAGGACACGGCGUGGCGGGUGAAGUUGCUGCAGGCGCCUCCGGAGGAGCGGCGCCAGAUUGUGGGGCAACUUUGCCCCCACCUGGACAAUUGACAAGUGAGCCGUCAAGUGAGUAGAGGUCUUGAAGGCCGAUGCCUGCCCAAGUCAGGUCGAGCUCAGUGCCAAAGACUGUCAGAUCUUCACA